AUGACAGCGUCAUCGUCGCCAAUGGCAAUUUCCCGCUCCUCGUCCCGUUCUUUCAUUGCGCGCGUGGCGGUGGUUGCCGCUCUGCUCGCCGUCGUCGCGACUGUCGCGCCCAUUGCAAGCGGCGCUCCCAACGCAGCCAUGCCGCUGCUCCGCGCGCAGCACCAGCGCUCGACGGCCCUGGUCGCCGCUGCAAAGCCACUUGCACGCUUUGCGGGGUUUUUCAGCGAGCACCGCAAUAAGAAUGGUGUCGCACUCGCGCUUGCCGCCGACAGCCAGCAGCGGAGCAUGCAGCAGCCCAAUGCCAAUGCCAAUGCCAACGCUAUUGCGGGUGCGGGUGCGGUGCGACGCGCGGGCCUCCCGCCAAUUCCCGACGCGAGCCCAGAGUGCAUCAUGGCCAUCACCAGCUUUAGCUUCCAGCCCAACGGCCAGGUCUGCAUUGCGACCCUGGUGAGCUUCUCCAGCACCGUCAACAUGACCGAGGUCAUCGACGUGCUCGCGUCGGACUGCGCCCAAAACCCAAUGGCCUGCAGCACCAUUACAACCAACUUCCUCGCCGGAUUUAUGCCCUUGCUCGAGCCGCUCUGCGUGAACAACUGCAUCCCGCCAAUGUACGACAUCAUUGCCAAGUGCGCCACCAACGAGCCCAUGGAAGUCCGCGAGGAAAUUGCCAUGGGCAUGGAAAUGCUCUCGCUGAGUUGCGCCGGGAACAGCAAGGGCUCCUGCCUCGUCCAG